UUAUUUAUUUAUUUAUUUAUUUAUUUAUUUAUUUAUUUAUUUAUUUAUUUAUUUAAUUUUCAGCACUGCUUGUCAGCAGCUUCACAUGAAUUUUUAAAACUCAGCAGAGCUGUUGAAAGAACCCAGUAAAUGAUUGGAACAUUUUCUGUGAGUUCAGUCGACUCUGUUCAGACGUUCACAAGUUAUUUCCUUCUGAUCUCAGCUCAUUUUGUUUCAUUUCAUCUCAUCCCAUCAGAUUACUGAGAAGUUCAAACUGGUUUUAACGGGUUUUUAAGUCGGCGGAUCACUCUGUGAACUCGGCACUAAUUGCGCCUAGCUUUAAARAAAAAAACGCAGCAAUCGUGACUCUUUCUGUCGUGAAUUACGAACAUAAAAAAUGUCUGCUGUUUCCUCGCAGCAUCCGUGCCUCCCACAGGAGCAGAUGGGCUUUAGAAGCAUUACUGCAGCUUGUUUGUUGGUCAUCUGAUGUAAAGCUGCUGGUCAUGGCCCACAGAAACACCAGUUCACAGCUUGUCCUGGAGUUUUGGAGUGUCGAACUUUCCUCACACAACUUUGUGCAUCUUUAGAAGCGUUGGGCAAAAUUGUGUCGUGCAAAUAAUUGUCAGAAAAGUUGACACCAGCUUUACAUUCUGUUUUUGUUGUUUUCAGGUCAGGAUAACUUUAGAGUCGAUGGUCUGCAGGGUGCUGCAGAGACUCAGACGUUAGACGCAGUUGGUUCCCCCUGCCUGGCCGAUGAUAAUGAGGAGCUGAGAAUUGUGAGCGUUCACAGUGGAGUAGAGGGUUCUCUGCAGGGGGACGGCGAUACGCUCUUCUCCGCCUCUGAGCUUCAGGCUUUAAGCUCCCUGUCCGACCACAACAUCACCUCCGACAGCCUUCUGAAUUUCACCACUGGCACUAAYGACAGAGCCCCGAUGAGAACGAUGCAGGACGACGGCGCCGAAGUGAGGCUAAGCGGCCAACUUGAAAGGAAUCACUCCUCUCAAAUGGGCUUGACGAUACUGAAUUCCGCCUUAAAGCCACCUUUAGUUGGCGCAAACAGCCACGGGGGGCACCCCAGUCUCGUCAGYCAGUUCUCUCAACAGCAGCCCCUCUUCCCUCACGCCUUGAGCAAACUGGACUGCAGCUUCUGUGGCGAGCGCUUCCACAACCGCGAAGACCUCAUCGUGCACCGGGCCGGCCACACCGGGGAGCAGCCCGUGUCCUGCGCCCUGUGCAGCAAGUCGUUUGUCAACAAGACCACGCUGAACAUCCACAUGCGCAUCCACACUGGGGAGAAGCCGUAUGUCUGCUCGCAGUGCGGUAAACGCUUCACGCAGAACGGCAGCCUGAAGAUCCACCUGAGGACACAUUCUGGAGAGAAGCCGUACGGAUGCAGCCACUGCGCGGCCAGCUUCAACAACCCCAGCAACCUGCGCAGACACCUGAUCACACACAGCACUAAUACAGUGCUCUGAUCCAAACUCAGURAAAGAGUUCAUGUUUUUACAAGAAAUAUAGAUAUUUUUAGUAGCAUGAUACUCUGCAGUGGGGGGCACAGUUAACCAAAAUGUUCAAAAUUAUUUUCAUUUCUUUUUGGCACUCUUAGUUUGAAGUUUAGCGGCUAAAAAGGCUACAUGCUACACACACCUGACAAGUCCAGCACUGCUUGUAAGGGGUAAUAGUUUCUAUUUGAUUUAGGAUAAAUGGCAUAAAGAUAGUGAAUUACACUAGUGAAUUUUUUWGUGGACCUAAAAUUAGUGGAAGCUAAUUUAGUGGAAGCUAAUCGAUCCACUAAUGAUUUCCAAAUUCAGCAAAAAUGCUAAUCCGCUAAAAGAGAAGCUAGUUCUGCUAUUAGUGAAUUAGCGGAACUGUGCCCACCACUGAUGCUCUGUGACUUUUUCUGUUAUGUAUCUUUUAGAGGAAACACAUUCACAGCCUCCUCCAAAAAUUUAUUUAGUUCAUAACAGCCAUGCAGCAGGUAAAUACACCAACAGGACAGCAUAAAGAUGUGUGCAUGUUUUAGGCUACUGCUAACUACCAGCGUAGCAAAGGAGGAGGGAAAGAACUGAUGCCUGGACUCCAGUGUUUAACAAACAGCUAACAAAAGAGCAGGAGUAUAGCUGAAUAGUGAUGUGGCUAAAAUAUAAUUUUACAAUUUAAUCUUUUUUACUCUAAUAUUUGAAAUUUGAAGCAUUUUCAGGCAACUAUCGCUUAUGAAUUUAGAAAUAAAAUACACAAGCUAAUUUUUUAGCUUAGCUGUUGAAAUUAUAACUUUAGACUGAAGUAUUUCAGGAUUUUAUUAACUAAACAAACAUUCAAGCUAAGUUGAAAGCUAUUUACUGUCAAAAUUGUCAAUCUUUUCAAGAGUUGACAGAAUUUACAGUUGUAUAGAAAGUGACUGAGCACUGUGCACUAGAUUUCCAUUGACCAGUUUAAAKAACAACAGCAUUCAUUUUAUUCUGGUCCAACUUACCUGAACACAGUGGGAUAUUUGAUAUUUCAGGAUCGUUUUUUGACCCAGUAACCAUGAAGGUUUACCAAAUUUACGACAAUAAUAAGGCUGAGUGGAGAAUCUUUACUUUUUAGAAAACAUCUCUCUGUUUUCACUUCUUUGACUAAAGGAGGUUCUGUUAUUUCUAAUUCUCUUAUUUUGAAAAGCUUCGACUCAGUAUUGAUUCCCUGCUACAGGAGAACUUGUGGAAAAAAAUUACUAGUAAAAAAAUUGCAUUUAAGGCAUUUUGACAGUAAAAUAAGUCAAGAUUUAUUUGUUUUUCCUGAAAAUAUUAUCAUUUAUAUUAGAUACUUGAAAGCUGUGUGACUUGCAUACAUUCUGAUAUUUCUUUGUAGUUUUUGUGUUUUUAGAUAGGACUCUAAAUAUUUUAUAUUAUUUUGUUCUGAAUAAAUUACUUCAAGUUAAAGAGAA